AUGGUAAGAACUGAAAACGAAAUCCAAGUUAAACAAGAAAUUAUCGAGCAGAGCCGAAAGCCGAAUGACUCCCUUCCGCCGGCUUGCUUUAUCAACUUGUCAAGUUCCGAUUCCGAUUCGGACUUCGAUUCAGAUUCGGAUGCUUUGUCCGACAAUGAUAUCGACGGAAUUGUUAACAAAAGGCCUCGGGAGUCGACUGGAGAAGUUUCUGGAAACAAGAAGAAGAAGAGAGCCAAGGAUUUAAGUUUUGUAUUGCCGGUGGGGUUUCUUGACCCUCUGCCCGGUAAAGAAUCAGUAUCGAAAGAUUCAGAGGCGCCGUUGGCGUUGCCUGCGCCGCCGGAAAGAAACGCUGGGGUUGUGAGCGGUUGUAAGCAGUUCUGGAAGGCAGGGGACUUUGACGGCGGGCCUUCUGGUGACUGGCGGUCAGCUACCGGUGGCAUGGAUCAUGUCAGAGUUCAUCCUAAAUUUCUACACUCUAAUGCAACCAGUCAUAAGUGGGUUCUUGGAGCUUUUGCGGAGCUUUUAGACAAUUCGUUGGAUGAGGUUUGCAAUGGAGCAACAUACGUGAACAUAGAUAUGGUCAAAAGCAAGAAAGAUGGCAGCAAAAUGUUGCUGAUUGAAGAUAAUGGUGGUGGGAUGGAUCCGGAUAAAAUACGGCAAUGUAUGUCUCUUGGGUACUCUGUGAAAAGCAAAAUGGUAGAUACUAUUGGACAAUAUGGAAAUGGAUUUAAAACAAGUACCAUGAGGCUUGGAGCUGAUGUCAUUGUCUUCUCACGUUGUUUUGGGGGAGGCGAGAAAAGGCCCACGCAAAGCAUUGGAUUAUUGUCGUAUACAUUUUUGAGGAGCACAGGAAAAGAAGAUAUUGUCGUUCCCAUGCUUGAUUAUGAAAGAAGAGGACAAGAAUGGCAUAAGAUAAUUCGAUCGUCCGCCAGUGACUGGAAUAUAAAUGUUGAAACUAUAGCCCAAUGGUCUCCAUUUUCAAGUGAAGCAGAUCUUCUUCGGCAGUUUAAUCAGAUGAAGGAUCAAGGUACCCGGAUAAUUGUAUAUAAUUUAUGGGAGGAUGACCAGGGCCUAUUGGAACUUGACUUUGACACCGAUCCACAUGAUAUCCAAAUCCGAGGCGUAAACAGAGAUGAGAAGAACAUACAAAUGGCACAGUUGUAUCCCAACUCCAGGCACUUUCUAACAUAUCGACAUUCAUUAAGGAGCUAUGUAUCGAUUCUCUACCUCAGAAUCCCUCCUAUUUUUCGAAUUAUUCUGCGUGGGAAAGAUGUUGAACCCCAUAAUAUAGUGAAUGACAUGAUGAUGUCCCAGGAGAUUACUUAUCGUCCACAGCCUGGAACUGAUGGGGUCCCAAAAGAUGCUAACAUGGUUGCUUCUGUAACUAUUGGGUUUGUGAAGGAUGCAAAAGCACAUAUUGAUGUUCAGGGUUUUAAUGUUUAUCACAAAAAUCGGCUCAUUAAGCCAUUUUGGAGACUUUGGCAUGCUCCUGGUAGUGAUGGUCGUGGAGUUAUAGGUGUGCUUGAAGCCAAUUUUGUUGAACCAGCUCAUGAUAAGCAAGGGUUUGAGCGUACUACGGUUCUUGCAAGACUGGAGGCGCGAUUGAUACAAAUGCAAAAGACAUAUUGGUCUUCAAAUUGUCACCACAUUGGCUAUGCUCGAAGACGCAAUAAAAAAGCAUAUGAAAGAGAGAGCUCUCCCGAUUCUUAUUCCCCAACUCCUCAAUCAAAAAAGUAUGUUACCUCUUCAAGUAGCAAGUCUUCUAUCAAGUCAGUGGAUAAGGGUCUCAAUAAAGGGCAUGUGUAUGGAAAGGAUGAUGUGAAGAAAAAAGCAUCUGGAAAGCGACAAAGUUCUUCUGGACAAUUGUCUUCUGCUGAGGAUGUCAGUGAUGUUGAUGUGCAAAUUAACAUUUCUACGAAUCGAGUCAAUGGCUUAUCAUCUAGGAAAUUAUCAGGAAAAGAUGGAUUUCCAAUGCCUUCUGGAUUGAGAUCCGGUGAAGCUUCAGGAAAUAAUUUGCCUGUCGUAAGGCCUGUCCGAACAACCAGAAAUUUAAGAUCCCAGGAAGAUGAUUAUAAUAGAGAAGAGUUAUCACAUGCAAAAUCCAGUUCUGACACAAUGGAACUGUUGAAAGAAGAAAAUCGAGCGCUGAAAGAAAGAUUGCAAAGGAAAGAGGAAGAGAUUCUAGGUGAUCUGCUGCAUGAUCUACAGAGUGAAAAGGAUAAAUGCAAAUCACUCGAAGCUCAGCUGCACGAGGCAAAUCAAAAAAUUCAGGAACUGGUCAAAGAACAAGAUAGUUUGAUCGAUAUAUUCUCAGAAGAAAGGGAACGUCGAGACAUUGAGGAAGAAAAUUUGAGAAAGAAAUUAAAGGAGGCAUCAAAUACCAUCCAAGAAUUGCUGGACAAGAGCAUCAGUUCAUUCAUACAUCCAUCAAGCACGUUGAAGCUUGCAGAUGAAGGCAGGCACAUGAUCUCCCUCAUCCCUAAGUUGAGGAGCACGACAUUUUCCAAACAGGUAACUGACGCUGGCCUGCAAUUUGACGAUGAAUCAGCUGUAAACUCUCCCUCUGCUUCUCAUCGCAAGCUUCUGAAUCAUGAGAGAGAGAGAGAGUCUGUCUGCUACUACUCCGCUGGGCAAUCUAAGACUGCCCAGUGUAUUCUCUACGUGUCUUUUGUAAAAUCAAAUGCAACCUAUGUAUGCUCUCAAGCCUUCAAUCCAAUAGCCUAUGGUUCAAUUUUCUUGUUUGUACUCGGCUGGCUUUGCAGAAGCAAUAGGAAAGAUAAACCGAAACGAAAGGCUGAUGUAAAGUUGGACCGGAUAUGGUGCGACAAGUGUUUGAAAUCUGACAACGUGAUAAGCCAGGAGGCUACACAAUCACUGCCAAAUGGGAUUCCAACCUACAGGAUGGAGAUGAUGAAUGUAUGUAUUUUGGGGUGUGCCAUUUCAGGUAUACACUUGAAAUGUGAUUGGCUGAGCUCAGCUCGGCUCUUCAACUCUUGUAUCUUUAAGCAGCUCACCUUUGACGACUGCCUAGUUAAUGAUGGCAAACCCUUAUCAAUUGGUUGCACCAUCUCGCUUCAAUGUGCAAAUACCUUCAGUUACCCUCUAUCCAUCUCGUCCGUCAGUUACUGA